AUGGCCUCUUCUACCGCCACCAACGUCGUCGCCGCCGGCCCUCGUGCCUCGCCACUUCAGUAUAACGCUCCCCUCGGGACCCGAUGGCAGAAGGAGAAGGACAAGGCCGGAAAAAACGCCUUCGAAUUCCCCGAGGACCCGAAGUACGUCGGUCCCUGGAUGCUCGGCGAAUGCGUCGGCAAGGGCGCCAGCGGGCGCGUCAGAGUUGCGCAGCACCGCCGGACCGGUCAGCUCGCCGCCGUCAAGAUCCUUCCGCUGCAGCCCAUCAUCAGCUCACGCGCCGAUCUGGCGACGGCGCACGCCAAGUCUGAAAAGUUCCGUCUCGGCGUCGACAAGGAGAUUAUCACCAUGAAGCUCAUGAAUCACCCCAAUAUCAUGCGCAUAUAUGACGUCUACGAGGGCGAAAAGGAGCUCUUUCUCGUCUUGGAGUACGUUCAGGGCGGCGAGCUCUUCGAUUUCCUCGUCAACCGCGGGCGCAUGGCGCCGUUCGACGCGCUCCUCUACUUCAAACAGAUCAUCGGCGGUUUAAACUAUGCCCAUGCUUUCUCCAUCAUCCACCGCGAUCUCAAGCCGGAGAAUAUCCUGAUCGCCUCGCUCGACCCGCCGAUCAUCAAGAUCGCCGACUGGGGCAUGGCUGCUUUCGCUCCGCCUUCUUCUCAUCUAGAGACGAGCUGCGGCAGUCCUCAUUAUGCCAGCCCCGAGAUUGUCAACGGCGAGCGGUACACCGGCUGCGCGUCCGAUAUCUGGAGCUGCGGCGUUAUCCUGUUCGCUCUCCUAACUGGUCGUCUGCCUUUCGACGAUAAGAACAUUCGGGUUCUCCUCGGCAAAGUUCGCUCCGGGAAGUACGAGAUACCCUCCUACGUCGAUCCCGAAGCGAGGGACCUCCUGACUCGCAUGCUGGUCGUUGACGUGCACAAAAGAAUCAAGAUGUCAGACAUUUUAUCGCACCCAUGGCUCCGGCAUGAUACUCCCUCCAUACCGUAUACGCCAGCACCGUCCCUUUCCGAGCUCGCAGCCCCGAUA